CAUCAAACAGACAGAGGUUGAAUUCUUUUCAGCGGCCCUGCCAUGGUGCUGCUACCCUGGGAGCCCUUUGAAGAUCCUGCAAUUUCUUGGGAAAAGAUCCAUGGACAAGCGUUGCCAGUGGUAGAGGUGCGCCCUGAUGAUGUGGGCGAAGCAGAGUGGCGCAUCCAACAGAGGUGCAAGCGCGAACUCAAGCGCAAGGUAUCUGCAUGGAAGACCAUCACGAAUGAGACUGUCACAGAGAACCACACCAAGGUGAGGAAAGGUAUGCUCUAUGGCAUCACUUUCCCCUGGACUGAAGACAUGCUUCACAGUGACGACUGGGGUGCUGAGUGGCUGACAAAGGCGAUGCAUGCAGCGAACACCUUGCCGAAGGACAACCGCGUCACGAAGGUGAUUCCAGACAAGAAGUAUAGGAUCACCACAGGCAACAACGGCGGCAAGUUCCUUUUCGAGGUGGAAUAUGCCACACCUGACGAGCAUCUCCACACGAAGCUUUUCGCAAAGAUUCCUCACGGCAUGGAGAAGGAGACGAUGUCCGAUCGGCUGAGCUCUUCCGUGAACAAGCAGCCCAUGGAGCUCUAUGAGCUCAACACCUCCCGGCUCUUAGAGGCUACCCUGCCAGUGAGUAUCCCCAGGUUCUACUUUGGCGAUAUCAGCAACGAAACCUCCAACUGGAUCCUCAUCACUGAGGCGGUCAACUUCCACGACCCCUCGCCUUUGGACUUCGCGGGGAAGACCGUGGGACAGAAGAAGGAGCAGUUGAAAGCCUAUGAGAUCGAAGGGCCUUACGACAAAUGCAUGGACUGGUGCCUCCGUGGCGAUCCCGCCGAGUAUUAUUUGGCACUGAUCCGUACUGGUGCCCGCAUGGCUGGGCUCUUCAAGAGUGGCGCCAUGGGGGAUCCUGAUGUGGUUGCCAAGCACUUUGAAAACAUGCUUGGAGCGCCAAAGGAGGCCUUUGGAGUUCAACCGGGCUGUUCGGGUCAGCCGCCGAAGAUGCUCAAGACGAAGGUGGACAUGGGCAUCGAGCUGUGGAGCUCCGUGGGUGCCGUGCUCUUCCCCAGCUUCACUAAGGACACCGCCUGGCAGACAAAAUUCACAGCCACGAUGAUGAAGCUCAACGCAUAUGCAGGCGAGAGUCAGUAUUUCAUGCACCACAAUGACGAUUAUGUGUCUUUGGCGCAUGGCAACAUGAACGUCGACAAUGCCUACUUUUGGCGUAACGACUCGGGUGCCUUGGAGCUCGGCGUCUUCGACUGGGGUGGCAUGGGCUGCCGCUGCCUGGGAUUCAAGCUUUGGUGGUGGCUCUACUGUGCUGAUUUUGAAGUACUUGAUGGACACUUCGACCAGUUUUUAGAUUGCCAUGUGGAAAGCUACCAAAGCGCUGGCGGGCCCAAGAUAGACAAGGAGGUACUCCGAAUGCAAUUCAUUUUGGCCUCGAUGACCCAGAUGUUUGGAUUGGUCGCCGCAGUGAGUCAGAUCUACAGGAUGUGCCCGAAGAAAGACUUUGGAAGCAUCAAGGAUCGUUAUGACUCCCGCGUGGGAGAGAACAUCAACGGCAAGAGCACCUUACGUUUGUAUCUUCAGGUGAUGAGGACCAUUUUGCUGAUCAUGGAGAACUGGAAGGCAGACAAGGUGCUCGAUGAUUUCGAGGAGAAGAUUUGUGGCCUUCUCUCCAUGAGCAAGAAAGAUGCGUCCACCAUGGAAGCCGCCUAAGCCGCUUGACACCACAAUCGACCAGGUCACAUCGAUGGUUCAGCCGCUCCUGAGGUUUCACCUGUGUGAGGAUUGAGGAAGUUCAACGCAUGGCUUCCAAUAGGACAGCUUGAAAAGUGGGACAUUGCGAUCAGAAAAGUGG